CAAUCAUCGACGACCUCAUCACCUCACACAUACAUGAUACAUAAGAACCUUAACUCCGCGUCUCUCUGUACCCCUCUCUCUCCCAAACUGCCAUCCCACCUUCUCCCCAGCUUCACAUUUCAUGCUCUCUCCAAGAUUCUUUGUCAACAGUACACGACAUCUUCUAAAGACAAAACCCCGCAGUUCACAGCUUACUCGAACGUUUAUAAGCACAUCACGCAAUAUGGCGCAAGAAUACAAGCUCAAGGGCCUGAGUAGCCUCGAUUUGAAGCCUGGUGAGAAGAGAGAAGUGGAGGUUGAGGGUAUCGAGGAGGGUAAGGUCUUGCUUUGCAACGUAGGAGGAAAGACAACUGCGUUGGGUUCCAAAUGCACGCAUUACGGAGCUCCGCUUGUGAAGGGUGUUUUGACUGGUGACGGAAGAAUUACCUGUCCAUGGCAUGGAGCCUGCUUCAAUGCCUCAAACGGUGAUAUCGAGAACGCACCCGCGAUCGACGCUCUCCCCUCCUUCCGACUCUCCGAAAAAGACGGCUCAGUCUACAUCUCCGGCUCACAAGAAAGCAUCAAAGGCAGUCGACGAAAGCCCAACAUCAAGAUCUCUGGCGCUGCUGGCUCUGAAAAGGUUGUCAUUGUUGGAGGCGGAAGUGCUGCAUUAGGCACACUCGAAGCUCUGCGUGAGAAUGGAUUCAAGGGCACGAUUACUAUGAUUGGAAGUGAAGGCUAUAACCCAAUUGACCGAACGAAGCUGUCGAAGGCUUUGAUUGAUGAUCCAGCGAAGAUUUUGUUGAGAGACGAUGCGUGGUUUAAGGAUGGAGCGGUGGAUGUUGUUAGUGAUGAGGUGACCGGAGUUGAUUUUUCGGCGAAGAAGGUCCAGACGAAAGGUGGAAGUUCGUAUCAGUACACAAAGUUGGUUCUGGCUACUGGUGGGACACCAAAGAGUCUGCCCUUACCUGGAUUCAAGGACUUGGGCAACAUUUUCUUGUUGAGAACGAUCCCUCAUACCAAGGCUAUAAAUGCAGCGAUUGGAGAGGGGAAGAAGAAGAUUGUUAUUAUUGGAAGUUCUUUCAUUGGCAUGGAGGUGGCUAAUGCUGUUGCCAAGAACAACGACGUAACGGUCGUCGGCAUGGAAAAGGCUCCUCUAGAACGCAUCAUGGGCGAACAAGUAGGCCAAAUAUUCCAGAAAGCACUCGAAAAGAAUGGCGUAAAGUUCCAGAUGGAAGCCGGCGUCGAAAAAGCCGUUGCCUCCUCUUCCGACUCCUCAAAGGUCGGCGCAAUCGAGCUUAAAGGUGGCAAAUCUCUUCCUGCCGAUCUCGUUAUUCUAGGAACGGGUGUUGGCCCCGCAACUACAUUUCUGAAAGAGAAUAGUGCUGUGCAGCUAGAGAAGGAUGGCUCGCUGAAGACCGAUGAGCAUUUUGCGGUUGCAGGGUUAAAGGACGUUUAUGCUAUUGGAGACAUUGCAACUUACCCAUAUCACGGCCCUGGAGGGGACGGUUCUCUCACCAGGAUUGAGCAUUGGAACGUGGCUCAGAAUGCUGGACGAGGAGUUGCGACUCACAUCACGACUCCUUCCUCCUCGCCUAAAGCUUUCAUCCCAAUUUUCUGGUCAGCGCUUGGCUCUCAGUUGAGAUAUUGCGGGAACACGCCAAAUGGUUGGGAUGAUUUGGUCUUGCAGGAACAAGGAGAAGCGAAGUUCGUGGCGUACUAUGCGAAGGGGGAGACGGUUGUCGCGGUUGCUACCAUGGGAGUUGAUCCUGUGAUGGUGCAAGCUAGUGAGUUGAUGAGGAGAGGGAAGAUGCCGAGUAAGAGUGAGUUGAAGAAAGGGGUUGAUAUAUUGAGCGUAAGUGUGCCGGCGCAGAUUAAGAUCUAGGGAAUCUCUUAUGCGCUAUGGGAUUAUGGGAAUGGGCGGACUGUCAUGGGUAACGAGCUAAAAUACAAGAGCCUCAAUGAUAUUACAGCUCCAGCAGCGAAAGGUAAAUUCGGGAG